ACAUAGAAACCAUGUUUGUUUACGUUCUUAUAUUAAUCACGUAUCCAUGGAGGUUACCGAACUAAGAUAAAAUGCAAAAGCAUUUAGAACACGUCGCAGAUUUAUUUAUCUUUAAAACUAAAAACAAUUCAUUGAUCCAUACAUGCAUGAUACGCCACUCGAACAUAAUCCGAUCUUUUUAAAUACACAAAAAGUUGAAAUUAUUUGAAUAAUUUAUAGUGUCCUUAUUGAAAAUUGUUUUCUAUUUAUUAUAUUAAAGCUUUCGUUUCGCGAAUUUGUACAAGAAUACAAAGUUCUAUAUGUAUCUCUGAAAAAAAAGAAAAGUUUUACGAGAUCAUGGCAGCAAGAACGAUAAUGCGUGGAGCUGCACUCUUUAUAUUUGGAUUUAUUUUGGGAUCGUUUUUGUUUCAUUCUGUUCUUAUCAAUAUGCAAAAGCACCAUCGCAGUGGCGUUGUUAAUGAACAAGGUAAAGUAUUUUUACCUGAGACGUCAUCAAAUAUAAACAAAGCACCUGAGGAAGCAAACAACGAAGGGAAAAUACAUUUCGAGAAGAAAAUAGAUUCCACAAAUAUGAAAUCUGAACGUAUCGAUAUAUUAGCUGAAGAUGACAGAGAAAAGUUCUACGAUGCUAAUUAUUGGGAAAUGGCGCCCCAUUACAAUAUCGAUGACUACGGAACGCCGGUUGAGGAGUACAUGCUUUCAGUUGAAAACAUGAAAUCUAUGUCGAAAGAAGAACGCGUAAAAAAAUUUAAAGACAGAAACAUAAAAACUGUUCUGUAUAUGCACAUGGCGUAUGGAUCAAAAACGUAUGGUUUUAACUAUAACGAACAUUCCAAGCAGGGUCAGUGGCCGUACAUCAUGAAAGGUUGUCGAAGAAGAGAUUGCUUUUGUACAGAUCAAAGAGAUUUUAUUCCAAUCGAAGAAUUUGAUGCUAUUGUGUUUUAUUCAAGAGCGAUUUCAAAGGCUGACGUACCUGCAGUUCGAAAACCACAUCAAAGAUACAUAUUGUGGGAGGUUGAGCCGGUAACAUAUCUAAUGGGUUUUAACCCAUCACAAUGGCAGAACUUUUUUAACUGGACACACACAUAUCGACGAGAUUCGGACUUGUGGGAGCCAUGGGGUGUAUUAAAUCAAGCGAAGCCAUACCCAAAACCCGUUGACACGUUAAUAGAGGAACGAAAAGCUGAUACUUCAUUGGCUGCCACGAAGAAAAAAUCGAUUGCAUGGUUUGUGUCCAACUGCAACGCACAUUCUGGUCGCGAUAGAUACGCUAAAGAACUUCAAAAAUACAUUCCCGUUGACAUAUAUGGAGGCUGCGGGCCCUUGCGUUGUGAUCGGAGUCAAACAGGAAAAUGUUGGGAAAAUGUAGAAAGAGAUUAUUAUUUUUAUUUCUCAGCUGAAAACUCACUCUGCAAGGAUUAUAUAACAGAGAAGUUUUUAAAUGCAUUGAAAAAGAAUAUAGUUCCGAUUGUAUUUGGUGGAGGGCAAGGGACAAACGAUUAUUAUUUUGCACCUAAAAAGUCUUUUAUAAAUACAUACGAUUACAAAAGUCCCAAAGAGCUAGCAGAAUAUUUGUUAAAACUACAGAAAGAUCAUGCAGAAUAUGUUAGUUAUUUUUGGUGGAAACCUUAUUAUAAUAUAUGGCUUGGAAGAUGGAAGAAAGCACAUUGUGAAAUAUGCGAUAAACUUCAUGCAAAUGAACCCAGCAAAGUUUACAAGGACAUGCAGGAUUGGUGGGUAACACAAUCAAAAUGCAGACCACCGUACUCUUGACCUUUCUCUCAGUUUUUUUUAUGGUUAUUCUAUUCCUACUUGUUUGAUAAAAGUACUGCUGCAGAAGAAUACAAUUCUAAUACUGAAUUUUAAAACUAGUGUUGUGUUUUUUUUUUAUUUCUAUUUUUGUUGUUAGUAUGUUGAUAACAUUUAUAGUUCAUACAUUUGUUUUGUGUUUGAUAAUAAAACAGACAGAAAUUGCUUCUAUCA